AUGCUGUCAUCUAGAGCGCGGGCCGGUCUACUGAGCCGGGGACCCUUGGCCUUCACGGGAAUGGGCCGCGCCGGAUUUGCGGGAUCACGCGUUGCCUCUUCGUCGCUCACCGGCGGGGCGUCUUCGCGUUGGUACUCCCUCACAACGGCUUCGCGUCAGGCGGCGGCCUCUCCCACGUCGUCGUCGGCGGUGCCCCUCUCGCGUCUGUCGGAAACCUUCGCCGAUGGGACCUCGGGCGCCUACGUCGAGGACAUGUACCAGGCCUGGAAGCGCGAUGCGAACAGCGUGCACGCCUCGUGGGCCUCCUACUUCCGUUCCGUCGACGCCGGUCGCGCCCCCGGCGAGGCCUUCACCGCUCCCCCCACCCUUCGCGGUGCCACCGCCGCCGUUCCCCCCGCCGGCGGGGUGUCGGAGGAGGAUCUCUCGCGUCGGGUGAGCGAUUCGAUGCGUCUGCUGCUGUUGGUGCGGGGCCACACGCUGGCCAAGCUGGACCCGCUCACCGGUGGCCCGCUCUCCUCGUUCGUCCCUCCGGAGCUGCUUCCCUCCACCUAUGGCUUCACCGAUGCCGACAUGGACCGCCCGAUCCACCUGGGCGGCGAGUCCGUCAUCUCGGGCUUCCUCUCCCACGGCAGUGCCACGGUAACGCUGCGGGAGAUCCUGGUGCGUCUAAAGCAGACCUACUGCAGCACCAUCGGCGUGGAGUACAUGCACAUCCCCGACCGCCACGAGUGCAACUGGAUCAGGGAGCGCGUGGAGACCCCGGAGCCUUUUUCGUUCUCGCCCGAGCAGAAGUUCCACCUUCUCGACCGUCUCACGUGGGCGACCCUCUUCGAGCGCUUCCUGGCCAUGAAGUACCAGAACACCAAGCGCUUCGGCCUCGACGGGUGCGAGACCUUGAUCCCCGGCAUGAAGACCAUGAUCGACACUGCGGCGGAUCUUGGCGUGGAGUCUGUCGUGAUCGGCAUGCCCCACCGUGGCCGCCUGAACGUGCUGGCCAACGUGGUGCGCAAGCCGCUGGAUGCGCUGCUGCACGAGUUCGACCUGGAGGGCAAUAAGGACCACUCCGAUGACCUGGGUCUCGGCACGGGCGACGUCAAGUACCAUCUGGGCACCUCCUACGACCGCCCCACCGCCUCGGGCAAGAAGGUCCACCUCUCUCUCGUGGCCAACCCGUCCCACCUCGAAGCCGUCAACCCGGUCGUCGAGGGCAAGGCGAGGGCCAAGCAGCAGUACAUGGGCGACACCGAGCGUACCAGGGUGAUGCCGGUGCUCCUGCACGGCGACGCUGCGUUUGCGUCGCAGGGCGUCGUCUACGAGACGCUGGACCUCGGUAUCUGGAAGAACUUCACGACGGGCGGCACCAUCCACAUUGUCGUCAACAACCAGGUGGGCUUCACCACGGCGCUGAGGGGCUCGCGCACCAACACGGCGUCGUCGUAUCCCACGGACGUGGCCAAGACCGUGAAUGCGCCCAUUUUCCACGUCAACGGCGACGACCCCGAGGCCGUCGUGCACACGCUCAAGCUCGCCGCCGAGUACCGGCAGGCCUUCAAGAAGGACGUCGUGAUCGACAUCAUCUGCUACCGCCGCGCCGGACACAACGAGGGCGACGAGCCGCGCUACACGCAGCCCCAGAUGUACCGCAUGAUCGAGAAGCACCAGUCCACCCUCGACCUCUACCGCGCCAAGCUCAAGGCCGAGGGCGUCGUCGACGACGCGCGCAUCAAGCAGAUGGAGGACUUUGUCAACGAGGAGCACAACAAGGCCUUCCAGGCCUCCUCCACCCACGUCCCCAACAAGGCCGACUGGUUCUCCUCCUACUGGAAGGGCUUCAAGUCCGCCCACCAGUACUCCUCCAUCCGCCCCACCGCCAUCCCCGACGCCGUCAUCUCCAAGAUCGGCGCCACGGUGAGCUCGCUGCCCGAGGGCAUGAAGCUGCACCCGAACCUGGAGAAGCUCAUCAAGCGCAAGAAGCUCAUGUUCGAAUCGGGCAAGAACAUCGACUGGGGCACGGCUGAGCAGCUCGCCCUGGGCUCCCUCGCCCUUGAGGGCAACCUGAUCCGCCUCACCGGUCAGGAUGUCGAGCGCGGCACCUUCUCGCACCGGCAUGCGGUCCUGCACGACAGGGAGACCGGCGAGACCUACCAGCCCCUCCGACACAUCGACCCGGCGCAGGCGCCCGUGUUUGUGCACAACUCCUCCCUUUCCGAGUAUGCCGUCCUGGGCUACGAGCUGGGCUUCUCCCUGGAGAAUCCCAAUUCGCUGGUGCUCUGGGAAGCGCAAUUUGGCGAUUUUGCCAACGGGGCGCAGGUGAUCGUGGACCAGUUCAUCUCGUCUGGCGAGCAGAAGUGGCAACGCCAGUCGGGCCUGGUCAUGCUGCUUCCCCACGGCUAUGAUGGGCAAGGACCCGAGCACAGCUCCGCCAGGCUGGAGCGAUUCCUGCAGCUGUCGGACUCAGAUCCGUUCGUGAUCCCGGAGAUGGAUCCGACGGAGCGGCGUCAGAUCCAGCAGGCCAACAUCCAGGUGGUGAACGUGACGACGCCGGCCAACUACUUCCACGCCCUCCGUCGCCAGGUGCACCGCGACUUCCGCAAGCCGCUGAUCGUGAUGUCGCCCAAGAGGCUGCUGCGCCACCCGCGCUGCGUGUCCAGCCUGGAGGAGUUCUCCGACAAGGGCACCCAGCCCCGCUUCCGGCGCGUGAUUAACGACACCGCGGAGAACCCGGUAAGCGAUGACCGCAUCCGAAAGGUGCUCUUCUGCAGCGGCAACGUCUACUACGACCUCGCCGAGCGCCGGGAGAAGGCCGCCAUCAAUGACGUGGCCAUCGUGCGCGUCGAGCAGCUCGCCCCGUUCCCCUUCGACCGCGUCGCCGAGCAGGCCCUGCGCUACCGCAACGCCACGACCGGCUGGGUCCAGGAGGAGCCCAUGAACAUGGGCGCCUGGACCUUUGUCAGCCCCCACAUGCGCACUGCCCUCGCCAAGGCCGCCCACGCCCACGCCGAGCCCGCCUACUUUGGCCGCGCCGUGUCCGCCUCCACCGCCACCGGCUCCGCUAAGGCCCACAAGCGCCAGCUCACCCAGCUCCUCGACGCCGCCUUCUCGUAG